AUAUUAUAAAGAAAGUGCUUAACGACAAAAUAUUGUUUAAUCAAUGUCAAUAUUCGUCAUCUCUUUCAUCUCUCAUAUUACACCUGUCCAACUUAUCACAAAGAAAGCCUUUACUCAUUUUACUCAAAAUUAAGGUAAUUGGCCUGAGAGUAAUAGUACCAUGGCCGAUGUUGUUUCCUCUUCUUCGUCUCUCGUCCCCAAUUCAGACAACAAGUACGAUGUCUUCAUCAGUUUCAGAGGUGAGGAAACGCGUAAGAACUUUAUUAGCCAUCUUUAUGAUGCACUAUGCCGGAAUGAAAUUCAGGCCUACAUAGAUGAGGAAAGUCUCAAGAGAGGAGAGAGAAUUUCACCUGCGCUCCUGACAGCAAUUCAACAAUCAAAACUUUCACUGGUCGUCUUCUCCAAGGACUACGCUUCUUCAAGAUGGUGUUUAGAUGAAUUGGUGCACAUACUCAAAUGCAAGAAGAAAAGAGGGCAGAUUGUUUUACCCGUCUUUUAUCAUGUCAAUCCGUCAGAUAUAAGACACCAAAGAGAGAGUUAUGGUGAUGCCUUUGUUGCACAUGAAACACGUUUUAAGCAUGACCGAAACAAAGUGGAAGAGUGGAGGAAGGCCUUGAAAAAAGCAGCUAAUCUAUCUGGCUUUCAUUUGCAACAACAUGACUCCGAAGCCAUAUUUGUCAAGAAUAUUGUUGAAGAUGUUCUAGAGAGAUUAUACAAUUUCCCAUCAAGCAAUGCUGCUGAUGAUUUUCAAGGUUUAUUUGGAAUAAGUAGACGUCUUGAGAAGAUGGAAUCUUUGCUAUGUAUCAACUCCCCAGUCCCAGAUGUUCGCAUCAUCGGCAUUUGGGGCAUGGGUGGCAUAGGAAAAACAACUCUAGCUGAAGCCUUGUACAAGCGAUUCUCUUCUGAAUUCGAAGGUUGCUUUUUCACAAAUGUGAAGGAAGACGUGAGUAAACAUGGACUGAAGAGUGUGAAGGAAGAUCUUUUUUGCAAACUAUUGAAGCGUAAAAGUGUAGAUAUGGACAGUUACUUCAAAGAUGUUCAGCUCCGUCGUAAAAAGGUGCUUGUUGUUCUUGACAAUGUCGAUGAGAUCGAACAACUAGAAUGUUUAGUUGGAGAGAUUCAUGAUGUUCACCAACAAGAAAAAGGUCGGUUUGGUGUUAGAAGUAGAGUCAUUGUAACAAGCAGAGACAAGAAAUUGCUUGAGAGAAUAGCUGAUGAUCGGAUCUAUGAGGUUGAUGCAUUAGAUUCUAAGGAAGAACGUAGUCUUCUUUACCUGAAAGCCUUUAAAAGAGAUUCACCUGGAGCAGAAUAUGCAGAUCUAAUAGAGAGAGUACUUGAUUAUGCUAAUGGCAACCCAUUGGCUCUUAAAGUUUUGGGUUCCUACCUUCAUUCUAGGACCAGAGAAGAAUGGAAAAGUGCAUUGAGCGAACUGAAAAAAGCUCCUAAUGAAGAAAUUCAGAGGGUGUUGAGAAUAAGUUAUGAUGGUCUAGAUCGUGUAAAGAAGUCUAUUUUCCUCGAUAUUGCAUGUUUUUUGAAAGGGGAGGAUAGAUAUUUCGUAGAGGGAAUACUAGGAGGUGAGUCUCACAUAGGGAUUAAUGUUCUCAUUGAAAGGUCCCUCAUAACCAUGAAAGAUUGUAAGCUCCGGAUGCAUGAUUUGAUACAAGAGAUGGGAUGGGAAAUUGUUAAUCAAGAAUCUAGUAAAGUGGUUGACAAGCGUAGUCGAUUAUGGAAUGCUCAAGAUAUCGUUCAUGUCUUGGAAAAUAAUUAUAAAGAUACUAUAAGUAUUGAAGGAAUAUUCUUAGACAUGUCUAAGAUUGAUGAAGAUCUAUGCUUGGAACCUGCAGUUUUUGAAGAGAUGUCUAACUUGAGAUUGCUCAAAAUUCACAAUUCUGAUCCCAAGAAUCCAGGUAAGAAGUUCAAAGUAUACCUCCAUCAAGGUCUUCGUUAUCUUCCUAAUUCACUUAGAUAUCUCAGCUGGCGGAGCUACCCAUCAAAAACAUUGCCAAUAAAAUUUAGACAAGCAUCUCUUGUUGAACUUGAAAUGCCUCGUAGCCAGCUUACGCAACUGUGGGAUGGAGUUCAGCCUUUCGUAAACCUAAAGCGUAUUGAUUUCAGUUACUCCGAGCAACUGGCUAAGAUCCCAGAUCUCUCUCUCGCAUCAAGACUCCAGAGUGUCAAUCUUUCACAUUGUACAAGUUUAGUUGAAAUUCCACCACUAAAUUUUCAAGUGUUUGACGAUCUUAAAUCUACGGAUUGGCUCACCUUUGGAUUUCUUGAUCUCUCUUAUUGCACUAAUUUGAAAAUUCUUCCGGAGUUAUCUGGGAACAUCAAGUUUUUGCGGCUAACCUGGAGCAAAAUAAAAGAAUUACCCUCAUCAAUUAGGUCCCUUGAAAACCUUCUUUAUAUAGAUCUUCGUGGCUGUGAAAACCAGGAAAUUUUACCUGAGCUUCCAAGGAAUAUAGAGAGAUUGGAUUUAUCUUACACAUCAAUACGAGAAAUGCCGACAACAUCAAUUGAGUGUCUCCGUGGUGUCCGGGUCAUUCAUAUGUGGGGUUGCACAAGGCUUGAGAGUUUACCAUCCAAUCUUUGUGAGUUGGAGGCUCUAACAGAACUUCACCUUGAUGGUUGCUCAAACUUGAAAAACUUCCCAGAAAUCUUGGAGCCUAUGGAAAAUCUGAAGUAUCUUUGUCUAGAGGAAACAGGAAUCCAAGAAUUACCCUCAUCAUUUGCAAACAUAAUUUGGCUUCAUAAGCUAUCUAUGAACUGCUGCAGAAAUCUCAAGACCAUUCCAAAAUGCCUUGGUACAUUAAGCUGUCUCGAAGAACUCCUCCUUUGUGACUGCAACAUAUCUGAAAUUCCUCACUGGAUCGGCUCCUUAUCCUCAUUGACUAGACUAGCUCUGAAUGAGAACAUGUUUGCUAGUAUACCUUUGAGCAUAAAACAACUCCGUAAGCUAGUUAGGCUUGAUAUAAGUUAUUGCCGGAACCUUCUAUCUUUGCCGGAACUUCCAUCAUCUAUAAGAGAACUUCAUGCAGAUGGAUGCUUGUCAAUGGAGAUGUUCUUAACUUCAAGGCCUACACUCACUCAAGGGUUUUGGGUCAAUGAAAACAUAAGAUUUAUGUUUUGUGGGUGCUUGAAAUUGGACCAAAGUGCAUGUGACAUCAUGGCAAUGGAUUUCUUGCGUAGAGUUAUUUGUAACGCAAUGAUUGUCCGACUAGCAGAUCAAUAUGCGAGCGAAUUCAGAGUUUCUCACAUCAAAGUUUGCUAUCCGGGAAAUAGAAUUCCAAAGUGGAUGACGUGCCAAUCCGAGGGGUCUUCAACAUUAACUAUCAAGCUUCCAUCAAAUUGGGAUAGAGCCAACUUCUCUGGUUUUGUUGCAUGCAUUGUUCUCUCAUUUGAGGAGCUCUAUUGGAAUCAGAGACGUGACUUGGAUAUUUUUUUUGAGGUACAUCUGAAAACAAAACAGGGCCAAAGCCAUCGGUCGGGUUCUUUCAGUAUGAUUUUGGAGGGAGAAUUCUUCGGUCAUGAGGACGGGAAAGAAUUUCUUAGAUCGGAUCACGUGUUCAUGUGGUAUGAUUACCAUAAAAACUUCCUUAAGAUGUAUAAUGAAGAUUUUGAUGCAGUAGAGAUCUCAUUUGACUUCGGCUGUAUUGAACGUACUGGAAUUUCUUAUUCCACAAGAGAACGUGAAUGUUCUUUUAAAUACAAAGUGAAAAGGUGUGGAAUCCACAUGUUAUAUGCUGAAAAUGUACUGGCCAUGACCAAGGUAUUCAAUAAUAUGAGCAUCCAGUGCAAGAAACAUAUGUUAGAAGCAAAAGAAAUUGGUAGCAACAGCCUCGAACAUGUGCAAUCUCUCCAAGGUUCUGGAAAUAUUGAGGAACUGGAACAGGAUUUUCAGUUGAACGUCAUGGAGGCUUUUUCGGAAGAUCUACAGACUUUGUAUGAUCUUUUCAGCGUGGAAGCAUCCUCAUAUGAUAUUGGAUCACUUACAUCGGCUCCGUGGAAGUCAGAUGACAGGAUCAGAAGCCCAUCCCGGGACACUAAAAUUGUAUUACCUUUGUCGACUGAUUUAGAAUCAAGUCUGCCUGAAGCUGAUGCACAUGAAAACGUCAACAAUCCGUCUUCCUUGGAAAUUGUCCCCAGGUUCAAUGAUUUUUUUGGCAUGGAAGUACCGUUUCAUGAAGAAAGGAACUUCGCAGGCCCAUCCCGGGACUCUACUGUUCAAACUGAUGAUGUUGAGGAUGACGACUCAUAUGAGAAAUCAUCAAAUGGUUCCCAUGGUGAACAAACUGAUGAUAUCGAGGAUGAGGACUCAUACGAAGAAUCAUCAAAUGGUUCUGACGGUGAUCAAACUGAUGAUUUUAAGGAUGAUGUUCUCGAACUGAGCACUCAUGAGGAAUUUUCUAUUGGUUCCGAUGGUGAUAAUCAAAUUGGUGAGGUUGAGGAGGACAAGUCAGAUGCUAUAAUAAUUGACAAGCCUGAACCAGGUGCAACUCAAGUCAUCAAGUUUGAUACAAACGAGUCGAGAGCUAAAUGUUUUGAUUUUUGCCACUGCUUAAGCUUCCUCUCCCAAAUUUUAGAAUGGUUCCAAGCAAACAGAGGAAAUUGAAAUCUCAUUUGUGGAAAUUGCAGCAUUUUCAAGAAAUACUCUUAAGAUGAGGAUUUCUGUGUCCUUUGUGUAUGUUUUCGUUUGAGCCCUUUUAGCCAGUUUUCAUAAACUCUAGGGGAGAUGUGAUCAUCGAGAUGUGAACCAAAUUGGACAAGAAAAUAGGAAUUUGAUUCUUAUGCAGAGGGCAUUCCACUGAAAUUUUAAAGCCGUGUAACAUUCUGUCUAGACAGUGACAUGAAUGACUGCUUGCAUUGAAGAUUUCGGAUUAAAAAGGUUCCUUCCUGCUAGGUGUAAGAGUUUUUUUUCUGCUUUUCUAUAAUUUAUAAAUUUAUAAUUAAUAAUAAUAAAAAAUUAGGAAAUUGUCUACUAGUGGUUGUGUGGUAUUGCCUUUUUCUCUGUUUGGUAAUUGGA